GAACGUACGAACGAUGUCUGGCAAAGUAGCUCUCAUUACGGGAGCCACAGGCUUCCUCGGCCGGCAAGUUGUCAAGGCCUUCGCUUUCCACGACUGGACCGCCAAGGGCACCGGUUUCUCAAGAGCAGACGGCGUCAACAUCCUCAAGGUCGACCUCGCCAAUAGCGCCGAGAUUGAGAACGCCAUUGAAGAAGUCAAACCACAGGUAGUAAUACACUGCGCUGCGAACCGCUACCCGGACAAAGUCGACAAGGACCCUUCCGGCACCCGCGUCCUCAACAUCGAGGCCUCGCGCACGCUGGCGCAGCACUGUGCCCGGCGAGACAUCCUGUUGAUCUACAUUUCGACCGACUACGUCUUUCCCGGCCGCCCUGGCGAGGCGCCGUACGAGGCCGACGCCGCGACGGGCCCGACGAACCUCUACGGGCAAACGAAGCUUGACGGGGAGGGUGCCGUGCUCGGCGCCUUCCGGGAUGCCGGGAAGGACGGCUUGGGAGUGGUGCUGAGGGUCCCGGUCCUGUACGGCGAGGUCGAGGGGGGCAGGAACGAGGAGAGCGCGGUGAACUGCCUGAUGGAUGUGGUACUGGGGAAGGGGGGCAAGACUGGCCAGGUGAAGAUGGACCAUUGGGCAAUAAGGUACCCUACCAACACGGAGGACGUGGCAAGGGUUUGCUACGAUGUGGCUGUUCGCUACUUGGGCGAAGCCGACAAGGCGUCUCUGCCUAGGGUGCUACAAUUCUCGAGUGAGGACAAGUACACCAAGUACGAGAUUUGCCAGCUCUUCGGCGAGAUCAUGGGCGUGCCGAUCGAUCGGAUCGUGCCGAAUACCGAGGGGAACGACCCCAACUCCAGCGUCCAGCGCCCCUACGACUGCCACCUCAGCACCAAGGCGCUCAAGGAGCUCGGCAUUGAUGUCUCGACGCAGGAUUUUGUCGGGUGGUGGAGGAGGGAAUGCCGGGCUUUCCGCCAUUGAGGAGAAGGCGCAUCUCGGCGUGACUUUGCCAUGACGGGGCGCUCGCAGAAAUGUCUCGGUCGAUGAUGUGGGACUGUCAGUGAACGCGCGACGCGUCAAACCAGCGAGGCAUGCAGCGCGCUGGACUUGGGAAUGGUGGCUGGCGUCCCAGAUUUCCUGGGUCGUGGACGUAAUCUGUACUCCGUACACUCCACUAAGAUGUGCCCCAAAACCCUCCUUGCGUCGAUG